AUGAGCGUGAAAUUCAAACCAACUUCCGGAGAGCAUUGGACACUGGUGCUAUUGGACAUCAAGGCCUCUUGCAUAUACCUUUCAGAUAUGCCCGAGAGUGAGGACUGUCUAUACCUGAACAUAUGGGCUCCGGAACAGAACACGUCUAAGAAGCGACACGUCAUGGUAUGGAUCUACGGGGGCGGGCUUAUCGUGGGCUCGGCUAGCCUACAUCUCUAUGACGGUUCAAUCCUAUCCACAUACGGGGACGUGGUCGUAGUCUCGAUCAACUACAGACUCGGUGCAUUUGGAUUUCUCUUUGGUGGAACCGAUGAUGUGCCAGGCAACCAGGGGCUGCACGACCAAGCGCUGGCGCUCGCCUGGAUUAGCGACAACAUUGAACGCUUCGGUGGAGACCCAAAGCUAAUGACACUGUUUGGACAAAGCGCAGGAGCGUGGUCCGUUCAGUUUCACCUGCUUUCGCCAAUUACUCAGUCCAUGGUACACAGGGCCAUCACGCAUAGCGGAGGAGUUGACCAGAAAGAAAUAGUGGCGAGUUCAACCUCAAUGCUGGAAAGAGCGCACGACUUUGCCGAGUUUCUUGGCUGCUCGGAUGGCAAUAACGCGACGCAAGCAUUAAGCGCAGCUUUAAUCAGUUGCCUUCAAAACGCGAACGCCACACUCCUGGCUGUGGCGGAAAGGUUAUUUACGAAAGGAGCGGCGGCGUUCUUCCGGCCAAUAUACGGGGACUCGUUCAUGCCUGUGGAGCCGCGACAGGCAGAGUUUCCCGGAGACAAGGACGUACUCUUGGGUCAUCUCGACAAAGAAGGCGCAUUUUUUAUAUAUCAAGACUUCAGGGACUCCUUCUCGAUGACGCAGCCUAUUAACAAGGCGGACAUGAACUACUUCGUGGGCGAGAUAUUCUCCGCGUCGGAUUUUUCUACACUGCAAAGGCUCCAAGAAGAGUACAUGGGACAUCUCGGAGACUUUGAUUACGAUGGCUUAAGACGCGGGUUAGCCGAAAUGAGGGGGGACUCGCACAUUGUUUGCACGACUCUGGGCACAGCUCGCAAGCUGGCCAAUGCAACGGCACUCAACGGCACCGGGGCGGGCGUCUACUACUACAAGAUCAGUCGGGGGCCUCGGUGCAGUCAAAGGCAAUCCUGGUUCGACACGACGCACGGGGACGAGCUGGCGUACGUGUUCGGGAUUCCCUUCAUGGAGGGGGGCUGUAUCCUCGACGCCGAUUUCAGCCGUGUCAUGAUGACCGCCUGGACUGAGUUUGCCAAGACAGGACAUCCAGGUAACAUCUGGGACAUCGAGUGGCCAAACUUUCAAGCGGACGAAAGCAAGGCUCUCCACAUCUUCAACCGCAAAGCGACCGCGGUGAACAUCGAUGUCGGACCACGUUGCAAUGUUCUGCAAGAGCUUGGUUUAAUAUAA